AUGGAGGGCCUCUACUACAACGUCAAAUACGGCUACAUCGAGGGCAUCGUGCGCGGCUACCGCAACGCGCUGCUCACCAGCCAGAACUACAGCAACUUGACCCAGUGCGAGACCAUCGACGAUGUCAAGCUGCAACUAUCCCCCGCAUAUGGCGACUUUCUCAACUCCUUGCCCCCGAACCCAUCGACGUCCGCCCUUGCCGCGAAGACGACCGACAAGCUCGUAGCCGAGUUCCGCUACCUCCAGGCCAACGCCACCGGCUCUCUCGCCAAAUUCAUGGAGUAUCUUACAUAUGGAUACAUGAUCGACAACGUUGCGCUACUGAUUACCGGUACGCUGCAUGAGAGGGAUACUCGGGAGUUGCUCGAGAGGUGCCAUCCGCUUGGCUGGUUCGAGACUAUGCCUGUGCUGUGCGUGGCGACCAACAUCGAAGAAUUGUACAACUCUGUCUUGAUCGAAACCCCGCUUGCGCCCUACUUCAAGGGUUCCCUCAGCCACCAGGACCUCGACGAACUCAACAUUGAGAUUAUCCGCAACACGCUGUACAAGAACUACCUGGAGGACUUCCACGAGUUUGUCAACUCAGCCUCGGACAUUGCCGGAACACCGACUGCAGAUGUCAUGUCAGAGGUGCUUGAGUUCGAGGCCGACCGCAGGAGCAUCAACAUCUCUCUGAACUCAUUCGGGACCGAACUCUCCAAGGCCGACAGGAAGAAGCUCUACCCUAACCUUGGGAAGCUGUACCCAGAGGGCACGCUGAUGCUCUCGAGAGCCGACGAUGUGGAAGGUGUACGCAUCGCUGUCGAGAGUGUCGCCGACUACAAAAUGUUCUUUGACCAGACGGGCCUCAGCGGCGGUGGUGGUGGUGUAGGUAACAUGUCAGGUGGCGUUGGUGGUGAAUCGAGGAGUUUGGAAGAUCUUUUCUACCAAAAGGAGAUGGAGAUUUCAAAGCUCGCAUUCACCCACCAAUUCACCCACGCCAUUGUAUACGCAUGGGUAAAGCUGCGCGAACAAGAGAUCCGAAACAUUACCUGGAUAGCCGAGUGCAUUGCGCAGAACCAGAAGGAGCGCAUCGGCAACUACAUCAGCGUGUUUUGAGCGAGUAGAUUCUUGUAGUAACAGCAUAUUCGGGACCAAAUAUCGGGUGGCGUUGGGGUUCGGUUCGUAUAUCCAUUUUUGUUAGUUUGACCAUCUUCGUGUAUGUGUCCCCGUCUGUCGCUCUCAUGCAUGUGCCUACGUUGUAUAUUCUCUUUCUCGGUUGGCGUAUCGUCUUCCAGCCUCCAUGUGUUGCCUCAUCUCACGUCUCUCUCAUAUCCAUCUGCACCACUUCACCUUGCCUAUUACCCAUUCUUGUGUAGCUGAGCCCCAUCAUCUGAGUGGAAUCGAUAUACUUGGUGAAAUCAACCCCACUUUCUG